AUGCAGGUCCUACCCCCGCCACCCGCCUCGAGAGGCCCUGAUAUCCUCACCAAUCCGGUCAUCCUUGAAUCCAUACUUCCUGAGCUACCUCAUGUGUCAGACAUCCUUUCGCUACAGUUGGUCUCUCGUCAACUGUAUCUACUUGUUCAGCCCCUCCAUCCCCUCUAUGCUCGCGAGAUCUCUUUUGCCCACCUUCCAGAAGUCAAAAAUAAGGAUCUCAUCACAGUAUUACAUCGCUCCCUUCGCCCAGGCCCAUCAACUCAGCGUCGGUUAUUAUCCGAUGGACGAACUGUGACCGUUGGCGAGGGAAUAGGGAAGGCUUAUGUUGGUCCUUGGAGAUUUCUUCGUUCCAUCACAUUGACGGGCACAGCUAUCACUGGGAGAUCUGUUAAGCUCUUAAUUGCUGCUUCUUCUGGUGGUAAAAUCCCAGGACUACCGGAGUUACUUCGUGAGAGGCAGACAAUUCAUUCAAAUGGCGACCUUGAGAUUCUGGAUAUCGAUCACGGUGUAACUAACGGGUUCUUCGCCAAGGAAUUUGGGUCCAUUUCUCCAGGGGCUUAUCGGCUUCUCGCCGAUCAAUCGCUACGUCUAGAUAAGCUGUGCAUUACAGAUUGCCCACAGGUCGAGAUUACCGACAUCAAUAACUUCUUAAAAAAAAUCUUGAUAGCUGUAACUGCCCCCAAGCGCAGAGAACUGAGACUGAGGGCAUCACAGCAAGCUGCAGUUGUCGCCGCCCAACAUCAGCUGAAUGGGCCUCCAAAUAUCCCCCCACCUUUUGGUGCCCCCGCUGCGCAAGCUGCUGGCAACGCCCAAAUCGGCGCGAUAAUUGCUCAGCAGCAAUUACAACAGCAAGCGCCGACUCUAUCAGAGGACUUGACUAGUAUUCCAUACCCACUUCCUGCCACCGUCGAAGAAUUGGCAGAGUUUGGUCUCCCUUGUUUGUCGUUGAGGCGCCUUGAGGUUGCAAAUGUUGGUGGACUGUACGUGGACCCACCAGAAAGAUUUCGAGGGAAAAAGGAGUGGAACUAUUCCAAAGAUUGUCCCUUUGGGCGUAAUAUUGGGAGUCUCAAUUCAAUUGCGGGCUGUCUCGGCCUUGACGUCGAUGUUCUCUUUUGCCAAGGUGCAGGCUGUGCCACUAGUUCAGACAAUGGUAGAUGGCGGCAGAGUAGUCCUUACGGGUUCGAUGCCGACGAUUUUGAUUCCUUCGAUGGAAUUAUCCCCGACUUGGCAAAUUCCCGGGAGCACAAUCCUCAAGCUCCAUCUCAAAGCGGCGAACCCUCAGUUUCUAGCAACAAUGACAAAGGCAAUGCCCGUCGUUCCUACCAUUACCCACUUCCGCGCCUUCCCGGGGAAAGAAUUCUUAUGUCAGAGGAUGGACGUAUCUUCAGGAUUCCGAGACACGCACUCCCUAAUACAAUUAAUCAACCACAAAACCUACAAGCUCCAAUGAACCAACUCCAUCAAGGGAAUCAGCAAAUAAAUCAGCAGGCACAACAGCAUGCCAUGAAUAUUAUGAAUAACAUGUACCCCCAGAACCAUAAUAUACUACUCAAUAUGCCAGGUGCGUUCCCGGGUGCCGGUGCGGGUGCGGGUGCGGGUGUGGGUGCGGGUGCGGGUGCGGGUGCGGGUGCCGGUGCGGGUGCCGGUGUUGGGGUUGGGGCUGGAGCUGUGGGUGGGGCUGCGGGUGGGACGGUGGCUGCGCCUACGACUGUGGCAACCUUUGGCACUGGCCACUUAACCUUUGGACCCAACGGUUGGCCAACGGUGACUGUAAUGAACGGCGGUAACGGUGGCAAUGGCGGUGGCACAAAUGGAUGGGCGAGUAACCUCUUUCUCCAGGAUCCCGCGCAGUACGGACUUGGAACGUUGCACCAUCCACAGCAUCAUGAUAACCAGACACAAGCAACUGUCCCAGAUCAGACGCUGAUGCAGAUGAGUACGCAGACCUAUCCUGGAACUGGUACCGAUCCCAAUUUACCACCAAACCCUACAGUACAGCCACCUGGUACUAUCACUCCAGCAAUCACUUUGGCUCCGAAUACUCAUCAUAAUAUUGAAUUUGGUCCUGUACUCCCCCCAAGCUUAGGGGAGCCUAGUAACAUCAACGCAAUUGUUAGCCAAGAUUUAAAUACGGAUACCAUCAACUCUUCCCAGGAACCAAAUAUAGAUAAUGGGCAGCCCAGCGGUACUAUCUGGCAAGGGCUUUUAGCUACUUCUGUGGUGGAUGCAAAUGGUAUUCAAACUCCACCUUACGGUCAGUCAGCAUGGAAUAGUGAAACCGCACAACCGAUGUCGGCGCCUGGGUCUUCGUCAUCUGCUUUCGGAUCUUCUCUUAAUCCACCUCCCCCAAUUUCCACCGCAUUAACAACACAAUCGACUCCUGAAGUUGCUCAUGCACAGUGGGACCCCGGUCCAGCCACGCCUCCGACUCCUAUACUAGCGUCAGCACCAACACUAGUACCAAUACUAGUACCAGCAUCCGCACCAACUCAAAAUCAAAACCAAACCGCAACUGCAGGUGUGGUUCAAGUCGGAAAUCACACACACCAGAACCAAGGCCCUGUUGCACAAAUGAUACAGCCAUAUUUGCCAGCAGCAGUGGGUGCUGGGAUUGGGAAUCCACAUCCGCACCUGGUAGGAGGAUUUGCACCAAUGGUACUACCGCACCUCCCCAGGAGGCGGAAUAACUCACCUGGUGGAAGCCGCGGUGGAGCAGGUCAGACAGGGGCGAGGCCUGGGAGAAGAAUUGCCAUGUUGGACGGGCCAAGGGGGCUUUGUGAAAGAUGCGAGAGAGAAGUAUGGCUAUGCGAUAGUUGUAACAGGUACUGGGUUGUUACUUGUGGAGGAUGUGCCGCAAAACAUUAA